AUGGCUACAGUUUUUGGGUGGUCUAAUGCUCAGCUGAGCGCCACCUUCUAUAGCAACUCUUGCCCGAAUGUGUCAACUGUGGUGCGUGGUGUCUUGGAGCAGGCUGCACGGAAUGAUGUUCGAAUUGGUGCCAAACUCAUUCGCCUUCAUUUCCAUGACUGUUUCGUCAAUGGGUGUGAUGGUUCCAUUUUGUUAGACGAUGCGGAUGGCAUACUGAGCGAGAAAGGUGCAGUUCCUAAUGCUGCAGCCGCUGGAUUCGACGUCGUCGAUGACAUUAAAACGGCAUUGGAGAACGUUUGCCCGGGCGUCGUCUCCUGCGCUGAUAUUUUGGCCAUUGCAUCUCAAAUUUCUGUUUCUAUGGCUGGAGGCCAAUCAUGGGAAGUUCAAUUGGGAAGAAGAGACAGUCGAACAGCAAACAUAGCAGGGGCUAACCGUGACAUUCCCGGUCCUUUUGAUGGCCUUAGUAAUAUUACUGCCAAGUUCUCUGCUGUGGGACUUGACUCCACUGAUCUAGUUGCUUUAUCUGGUGCUCAUACAUUUGGGCGGUCAAGAUGCUUGGCUUUCAGCAAUCGUCUGUACAAUUUCAGUGGCGACGGAAACCCCGACCAGUCCCUCGAUGCGACGUACUUGGAAACGCUGCGCCAAGCAUGUCCCCAGGGAGGAAAUGGAGGCACAUUGAACAACCUUGAUCCCUCCACUCCUGAUAGCUUUGACAACAAUUACUUCACAAACCUGCAGAACAACCGUGGGCUUCUUCAGAGCGAUCAAGAGCUUUUCUCAACUCGUGGGGCUGCCACUGUUGCCAUUGUUAACAGGUUUGCUAAUAGCCAGAGUGACUUCUUUGAUAGUUUUGGUCAGUCCAUGAUCAAUAUGGGGAAUAUAAGGCCAUUAACAGGAAACAAUGGAGAAAUCAGGUCUGACUGCAAGAGGGUUAAUUAAGUGAUAUUGUUCGGUGAAUCCGGUAUGACCUACCUCAGAUUCUGCAAUGGUUAAGUCUCGUACAACAAAUUAUUUUCGUGUUAGGGAUGUUGUAAGAGUUUUUUUUUUUGGUUUUUGUCAAAAUUGAAGUAUGUUUAUUGGGUUUACCAAUUUUGUUUAGGAGAAUAUGUGAUCCAAGUGUAUCAAUUGAAUUAGAUUAUCACAUCGAAUAAAG